GCAGACGUCACUGGCUCGGCUGCAUCGUUUGAUCUUCUCUGGUUUCCGUGGUGCUGAAAGGACAGCUGCCAACAUCUGCAGGUAUGUUUACCAGGAUGCUCAAACUGAGACUACUCAAUGCUGUAGCACCCGCCUACUUUUUCAUGGCUACAGCAGUUACCUUCAUUUUGUACUUCUCCUUAUUCAUUCCCACGAUCUUCCCAAGUCCUGGCGCAUCACUGAGGGUUUCCACAGCACUGCACAUGGCCACUUUCCUCUUCUUGAUGUUCAACGCAUUGGGAAAUUACAUAAUGACAAUCAAAUAUCCAUCCGAAAGUGCAAACGAGGCUGUGAUUCCGGUGUGUUCGCCGCAUUGCCCGGACAAACUGGAUGCACACUACCUCCAAAACGGUCGCCACUUCUGCAAAGUCUGUAAGAAAGUUAUUCUGAAGAGAGACCACCACUGCUUUUUCACUGGAAAUUGCAUUGGCAACAGGAACAUGCGCUACUUUAUCAUGUUCUGCAUCUACACGUCGUGCACUUGUUUGUACUCUUUGGUUCUCGGUGUGGCCUUUCUAACUGUGGAGUACAGCCUCUCCUUCGAGAACCCAUUGACCUUCCUGACUCUUCUCCCACUCUCAACCGCUUACUUCUUCAUGGGCAGCGUUUCCGGGUUGCAGUUGUUCCUGGUGCUGAUGCUCUACGUGUGGUUGGGGAUCGGCCUGGUAUGUGCAGGUUUCUGUUGCCAACAGGUGCUGCUGGUGGCCCGGGGACACACUUGGUGUCAGAUGCAGCGUGGUGAGCUUUGCGAGAACCACACCCCAUGGAGAACCAACCUCAGGAAUGUUUUCGGGACUCGCUGGGUUCUUGGACUUUUUCUGCCACUGCAGACAGUUGAAAUGUGCUCUGAAGAUGCUUGUAAACAAGACUGACAGCUUCCCACAUUUGGUAUUCAGAGGUCCAACUUGGUCACACAUGAAGCACAAAGUUUUUUUUUUGUUUUUUUUUGAUCCAUGCAGUCAUGGAAUUACCUACACAAUGAAGUCCCAAAGUUUGAACAAAAGUAAUUGGACAUUUAACCUCUCACACUGAGGAGCUGCUUCAAUCUAAUGGAAACUAAUUUGGCAACCCCAGAAUCUUUAGCACUAAAGAAAAUAUUGUUCAGUUUUAAUAUUUUGUUGGAAAGUUUCAGAUUUACUGGCUCCUGAAAAA